GGAUGGCAAAUGGAAACGCCACGAUAUCGGUGGAAGAGGAGGUGCAGGUGGUGGAGGAGGCGAGGGAGGCGCCCAAGAAUGUGGAGAGCGGUGCCUUUGAGCUGCCGGAGACUGACUUCGAGGAUGGUCGCCUGGGAGUUAUGGAGGCCGAGGCGGUGGAGAAUCUAAGGAACAGCCUGGCGCCGGGUGAGCUGUUCACGGAUGACUCCUUCCCGGCAGAUCCCUCCUCCCUCUUCUUAUCGGAACGCGAGGAGCCCGACGUGGUGUGGCGGCGGCCCCACGAGCUGGUGGACUCGCCCUACAUGUUCGUGGACGGCGCCAGCAGGAGAGACGUGGUGCAGGGCGCGCUGGGGGACUGUUGGUUCCUGUCCUCGUGCGCCGCCGUGGCCAGGAAACCCAAGCUGAUAGAGAGGGUAGUGCCCCCGGACCAGGCGCUGCACGGGGACGGGUACACGGGGCUGGUGGUGUGUCGGCUGUGGCGGUUCGGCACGUGGGUGUUGGUGGUGGUGGAUGACAGGCUGCCCACGAAGAGUGACGCCCUUAUUUUCGCCCGCAGCACCCACCCGCAGGAGUUCUGGGUGGCGCUCCUGGAGAAGGCGUAUGCGAAACUGCACGGGUCGUAUGAGGCGCUGGAGGGCGGGCAGAGUAUGGACGCGAUGGUGGACCUGACGGGCGGGCUGGCGGAGCGCUUUGACUUGGAGGACACACCGGACAAAAGGCGCUUCUUCAAAUUGCUGAUGACGGCUUCACGCAGCGGGGCAUUCAUCACCGCCUCCAGGAAGAAGGAUCAACCGUAUGACACUCAAUGGUUGAACUCCGGUGACUGGCGGCUGGCGUAUCGCACGGACGAGCACGGGCUGGUGGAGGGACACGCCUACACCGUGUCGGGCGUGGCCACCGUUAGCCACGACACGCUGGGCGCCGUCAAUCUGGUGAGAGUGAGGAAUCCUUGGGCUAACGCGGCGGAGUGGACGGGCGCCUGGGCUGAUGGGGACGAGAGGUGGAGCGGCGUAGAUUCCAAGCAGAAGAGUCGCCUAGGAGCAGGCCGGUCCAGCUCCUCUCUGCAUGACGGGGAAUUUUGGAUGAGCUACCAAGACUUCUGUGACGAGUUUGAGGAGGUGACUGUCUGCACGCUGGGCCCAGACUUCGAUCACGACGGGACGGUGGAUGCUGUGGGCCAGGUAAAGGCCAUCAGGGGAGAGUGGAUGGUGGGCAGGACAGCAGGAGGAAGCAGGAACGACUUUGAAAAGUUUGCCACCAACCCACAGUUUCUGCUCGAAGUGGACGAGACAGGCGCUGGAGUGUGUUCGAACGGGUCAUGUAGCGUGCUGGUGGCUGUCAUGCAGGAACACAGGAGGUCGAGGCGAGACUUUGGCGUGAAAAUGUUGCAGAUUGGCUUUGUCGUGUAUCAGACCAGGGACCCCACCAGGCCUCUCCCAGCCGACUACUUCUAUCACCACUAUGAGGAGAGCAGUUCAGGCGUGUACAUCAAUUACAGGGAGGUACUGGCGCGUCUCGAGCUGGCCCCGGGCUCCUACGUAAUCAUACCUGCCACCUUUACGCCAGACACACCUGGACAGUUCAUGGUCAGAGUAUAUUCCCCUAAGCCCUUCCAUCUGUCAGCCCUGCCCCUGCCCCCUGCCUCUGACGGGUGAUGGGGCCAGGAGGGAGGGGGUGAUGGAAGGAGAGAUAAAGAACAUGAGAAAGGAAAGAUGAGGAGGGUAAGGGAGGGAGGGAAAGAAAAGGAGAGAGAGAGAGAGAGAGAGAAGGUGGGAGGAAAGAAGAUAAUGAGUGAAUGAAUGGAUGAAAAAGAUAGAGGGGGAAAGGAGAGUAAGAGAGGAGAAGGGGAAGAAGAGAUAGAGAGAUGGAAAGAAGGAAAGGAAUGAAUUAAUAGAGAGAGAGAGAGAGAGAGAGAGAGAGAGAGAGAGAGAGAGAGAGAGAGAGAGAGAGAGAGAGAGAGAGAGAGAGAGAGAGAGAGAGAGAGAGAGAGAGAGAGAGAGAGAGAGAGAGAGAGCUAUAAUUUAUCUGUGAUGUAAACAAAAGCACAAAACAACCAAGCCUUAUCAUUAAUUUACAUAUACAAGUUAUGAACACGCAUAGUUGAAUUAGAAUAGAUUUAGAAGAUGAGAGAGAGAGAGAGAGAGAGAGAGAGAGAGAGAGAGAGAGAGAGAGAGAGAGAGAGAGAGAGAGAGAGAGAGAGAGAGAGAUUUAAUUUAUUUUUAUGUAUACGAUAAUCCUCAAGAAAUGUACGAAUAUCAAUGUUAAUUUAAUAUCCGCUUUCAUUGAUGUAGCUACAGUGUAUGUUUAUCACCAUUAUCUAUGUAUAUAUUUAUAUCUUUCCUUUCACGUUGGUAAUGCAAGGCUGAGGUUACCAUGUCGUGCACCACUGGUUGACUUCGUACCUGCGAGAAAAUUAUUGUAUGUACCUACUUACUUUUAUAAUGUAGGUGUGUUAUAUAAUAAUGUGUGCAGCCAGUGUAAUGGUUAUUUGUUUGCCUCUUGUUUGAUUAUAAAGUGAUGGACUAAAUGUAUUCCUGCUCUUCAUCCUCCCCCUCCUCCUCCUCUUCAUCCUUUCCUCUUUAUUUAAUCACAUUGUUGGUUCUUAUUCGAUUAUAAAGUGACGGAUUA